GUAGAGGAGGGUAAUAUUAGGGAUUAUGAGGGAGAUGUGGAGAGUGAGAACAGAGAUAAGACAGUCUGGUCCUCUUCUCUUACUGCAGCUGCAGAGAAAAGGUAAGAGAGAAAGAAAGGAAUACAACCUGUGACAAAGGCUAAGAGAAAGAAGAAUCAAGAAGGAACCGAAAGGUGAAAAAGAGAAGAGUAGAGGAGAGUCUAAGUGGGCAGUUGUAGAGUUAUUCUGAGACCAGAUGAUGUCAUCAGAGUUCCUGUGUUGUGGUUGGCUGCAGCAGCUGCUGGUGGUCCUGUUGAAGCUGACUCUCUCCUACGCUGGCCCCAUCCGACCAAUAAGCAGCUCCGAAUGCUCUGCGCAAGGGCCCGCCUCCUACAUCCUGGUGUUCUCUGGUCACUGGAGCACCCAGACCUUCCCCAAACAGUACCCCCUCUUUAGACCACCCGCACAGUGGUCCAAAUUGAUAGCGGUCACCCACAACAGGCAGUUCCGCCUGUGGCAGGAGGGGGCGCUGGCGAGCCCGGGAGUGCAGAGCUUCGCUGAGGUGGGGUUGACGGUGGAGGUGGUGAAGGGAGCGCGCGACGCCAGGAAGAGAAGGGCGGUGGGCGCCAUGUACCGGACAGCGGGCAUCUCUAAUGGCAUCGGGCACAGCUCUACUGAACUGCUGCUGCAGCCACGCAGCCCGCUGCUCUCUCUGAUGGUGAAGGUGAUCCCCAGCCCUGAUUGGUUCGUAGGAGUGGACAGCUUCAACCUGUGUGAAGACGGCCAGUGGAAACAGGAAGUGACCCUUGACCUCCAUCCCUUUGACGCCGGAACGGACAGCGGCUUCACUUUCUCGUCCCCCAAUUUUCCCACCAGCCCCCCUGAGAACAUCACCCAGAUUACCUCCCAGAUGCCCAACCACCCCGCCAACUCAUUCUACUACCCCAGACUGACCGAGCUCCCGCCCAUAGCUUCCGUACGAAUCACCCGACAGGUCCGCUCGUCUGGGCGUCAAACUCCCUUGUCCAAUCACAUUUUACCAAACUCCAUCAGCCCUCAGCGCUUUUCAGAGACCCCCCUGGACUGUGAGGUGUCUCUGUGGUCGUCCUGGGGCCUGUGUCUGGGCCCCUGCUCCAGAGGAGGGCUCCGCCACCGCACGCGCUACAUCCUGUUGCGGCCCGCUAACGCAGGCACCCCCUGCCCGGAGCUGGAGGAACAGGAGGAGUGCACGCUGCACACCUGUGCCAAGAAGCAGUGACCCCCUUCAGGCGUUCCUCUCCUCCCUCCCCUGUCUCCCUCUCCUCCCUCUUCAUCCUUUCCAUUCCUCCCCUGCUCCUCCGCCUGCCCCCCCUCUUCCAGAACUCCAACUGCCACCCUGACACUGGGACGUGUGCUCUUGCUGGACUCAGAAGACCCCUAGCCCUGGACUGUGCACUGUGGACAUGGGCCGUGUGUGUGUGUGUGUGACUGCAUGCCUUUACGUGUGUGUAUGUUGAGUGCCAGGGGUCGGCUCUUGUCAAGGUCACCUACUUAUGGACCUAUGUACACUGAACAUGGACACAGAGACAAGCAUGUAGUCACACACACACACCCACACACACCACACACACACGUACACAUACACACCGCCCUUACACAGACAUGCUUUGCAGGCACUGAGGCAUUCAUUGACAGGGUAACCUACAUGAUGCUCUGUGAAUGCUCGUCUUUCAAAAUAACUUCAUAGCCAGCUGUAUAAAUAGGCCUAUCCUUUCACAAGACACACCACCAGAGGCUGUCUGCUAGGAGACUCCAGCCAAACUAAAACGAGACGCAGAGUUUUAUAGAAAAAGUGAUACAUAUGGGGGAGGGUAUGUUUAUCUCUUUUGAUUUGUAGGACAUGUCAUUGAAAGGUUUUGUAUAUAAUGAUGUAUGUUGUAUCUUAUCUUGUGUUAACUCAUAUGAAAUAAAAUAUGGAGAUGUUUUUCUUUAAA